GUACUGUCAUUCUAUAAUUAUCUAAUCGUAUUCUGGUUUUUCGUUCUUGAAAAAUCCUUAGGCCGUCGCUAGAUUUGUUGGUUGGUUCUUACCGCGCGGUAUUGUUCAUGGCUACUUGUUGGUCGCCAGGAAUUGAGGAUGCCUUGAACUCCAAAUCAAUGGCAUGAGGAAUUCCAAGAAAGUCUUUUUUAAUUGGAUUGUUUAAUUGAAGGAAUUUUCGUCUUUUGUGCGGGAAGUCCUUGGUAUUGCAUCAGAAGGCAUAUCUGAAGAUGAUUUUGCCAAAGCCGCAAAUACAUUUCGUAUUAAUAGGCUUGCUUUUGUAUUUAUUAACGUUCUAAAUGAUGGGGAUUUGAAAUAAUGCCUGGGUCUAUGGUGUUAGUUACGCCCUAUAGACUGAAGGUACCAUAAGAAGCCACGUUGAAGGUCGAGUUCGGAUCCCAACAACCCUUGACGGCCAUAAAUGGGUUUGAACAGGUUUCUAACCGUUCGACCAAUCUUUCCGAUGUCUCGUGAGCCAUGAAGCGGAUUCAACCAAGAUUCGACCUCCAUUGUCCCCGAUAGCCUGCUGAGUAAGGCGAGUGAUACUGUGGCUUAUAUUUAGCACAACACCUAGCUGCAAUGUUUGGGAAUGUAACACCCGUGCUUUACACAGAGAGAGAUCGUACCUCAUUGUAUCGUGUAAUUAAUGCUACCCCAUGCUAGAAUUUUUUGGAGGCAGGAGGCACAAAGCGGCAGAAAGUCCAGCUAUCACCCCGGUACAUUCUAGUAGUUCUAGGCCACGGCAAGAACGAAGACAUUCGAAUUAUGUCGAAAACAAAUCAUCUCAUCGUCCUAGUUCAUCCCCCAGAUCAAACACAUGGCAUCCUUCCAAGACUCGUGAAUCCAGCCCGAAACCACAGAAAUUAAAAAGGCGGAAUGGAAUCUCAAAUUGGUUCUUCAAUAAACCAAAGAGAGUGGAUAACGAAGAUGAUGAAAUCUGGUGUAGGGGCGUCGAAAACACUGAUAUGCUUGGGGAAAAGGGAGACUCUUCAAGUAGAGGCGAUGCUUCUCGUCAACAAGCUUACGUGAAUGCAUUUAACCCAGUUCCAGAUUCAGUUAGUUCUCAACCUAAAGCUGGAAAAGUCGAAUUUAGAGGUUCGACUCGUGACAGUCGACCCACAGAUAAACAGAGAAUUCCAAGCAAGCGUUCUCGUUCGGAAGCUUCACUUACCCCAAGAACGACACCAUCAUCAGUUGCAACUUUUGCCAAUACAAAACCGCGAUAUACAAAACUAUCACCAGAUUCAUUUAAAAAUCCACGCUCAGCUAGUUCCGUACCCAGACACAAAAAAACUGAAAACUCUGGUGAUAUGUCUGAUCCGGAGAAAUACUGGCGUGGAAGAGAUAUCAGAGAUACGCGUAGAGAUCUUGAGAGAAAUAUGAAAGUACAACCCUCCGAUGAUAGCGUCAAUCUCUCUAGUAGUGAUCGUAGGGAUGGGAAGAGAAAAGCCUCCCGUCGCAGAGAUGAUUCUUGUUAUGAAUCAGACAACGGCCCCUCUCGCAAUGAACGUAGUGAUGAGAAUAAGAAGCCCUCCCGUCACAGAAACAAUCCAGACAAAGGUUCCUCCCGGAAUAAACGUUAGCCAUCUUCUGAGAGAAAGGAAAACCUCAAAUCCUCGGCUCAAAAAGCCGAAUAUAAGAAUGGAUAUACGGCUAGAGUUUCUUUCGAUGAUCAUAAAUCUCAUUUUUACAACGACAAGGUUAAUAUGAACUCUCCCAAGGAGCAUCGUUGUGGGCAUGAGCGACCAAUAUAGGCUUGAUGGCGAAGGUCUAGAAGUCACGGUGUUUUUUCUUUCUCUAUUUCACACUUUUUCUUUCAUUUCAGAUGAUUUUUAUCACCUUAUUGUCAUUUCUCAUCAUUUUAUUGUUACAUUAGCUAACUGGUUUGUAUUUAUAUCAUUAAAUACUAUCUUUGCCCA